CGUACCGCCGCAUUUAAGCCAACCACGAGUUUCUUUGUAUUUCUGUGCUUCUCAAUGUUUUACUUCUAAAAAAUUUUUAAUUUCGAUUGAAUUAACUUGUAACACAGUUGUUUAUUAUCAAUAACAAUGAAGGUCGAGCACCUCGUUUGCGAUACAAACGCAUUUGUGAAAAAUAUCCCCCUUCACGAAUUGGGGGAGAAUAUCUAUACCACAAGAGAGGUAGUUGGCGAGAUAAAGGAUAGUGCGACACGUCAGCGUCUAGAAGUCCUUCCAUAUGAAUUGCAAUUUCGAGAACCCCACUCAGAGUACAUUCAACUUGUUACGAGGUUGUCAAAAGUGACUGGUGAUUAUACCUCACUAUCAGCUGUUGACAUUCAGGUCAUUGCACUAGCUUAUCAAAUCACAAAAGAACAAUUGGGACCCGAAGCUAGCUCACUGCAGCUAAAAACUGAAUUGGAUGUGAAAAGGCUCACUGUUCUGGGACAAGGACCAGCAGCAUCAAGCGAAAAUAAGCAGGAACACGAGAUUGACCACAAUAUUAGUAAAUUAGACGGUGAAAGUGAAUCUGCAGAUGGCGAAACCAAUUCUGAAGGGGAAAGUAGUCAGGAUGAAGAUGAAGAAGAUGACGAAAGUGGAUGGAUCACACCCUCGAAUUAUAAACAGAAAAUUAAGGAACUUCAGUCUGAGAAUGGAGAAUUUCAGGAUCUGGAUGUUGAGACUAAAGUUGCUUGUUUAACCAAUGAUUUCUCGAUGCAGAAUCUAAUGAUGCACAUUGGUAUUAAAGUAUUAUCCUCCAACGGAAUGCUAAUUAAUCAAUUGCGAACAUAUAUUCUUCGGUGCUACACAUGCUUCCAAACUACAAGCAAGAUGGAGAAAUUAUUCUGUCCUAAAUGUGGGCAUAAAACCCUCAAACGAGUCUCGGUCACAGUGAAUCCGGAUGGAACUCAAGUUAUUCACCUUUCGCGUCGAGUAAAUCUUACCGGAAAGGGAAAAAAGUUUCCACUGCCGAUGCCCAGGGGAGGAAAGCAUUCCAACAAUCCUAUUUUAUCGGAGGAUCAACCAAUCCCUCAACAACGCCCUUCGAAGCAAGCUUUGAAAAGAAAUAACCCACUGGACUUUGAAUACAUUGCUGGAAAUUCCCCUUUCGUGACGAAGGAUGUCUAUUCUCGAGCCGCCAUGCUGGGAAUAAAUUACGGAGGCAAGAACUAUUGGGAAAGGAGUAAUCCCAACGCAGCCAAAAAGACUACAGGGAAAAGAAAGAAUCAACAUUGAUAAUUUAAUCACUCAUCAAAUUUUCUAAAGUUGUUCUGGCCUUGGGAUCUUGUUUUAGAAUAAAGUUAUCCUAAUAAGCAAA